AUGAGCAUCGCAAGAGGAACAACAUACAGGCAGCAGCGCCCUGCCCUGCUGGAAACCCCUCACAGGCAGCAGCGCCCUGCCCUGCUGGAAACCCCUCACAGGCAGCAGCGCCCUGCCCUGCUGGAGACCCCUCACAGGCAGCAGCGCCCUGCCCUGCUGGAAACCCCUCACAGGCAGCAGCGCCCUGCCCUGCUGGAGACCCCUCACAGGCAGCAGCGCCCUGCCCUGCUGGAAACCCCUCACAGGCAGCAGCGCCCUGCCCUGCUGGAGACCCCUCACAGGCAGCAGCGCCCUGCCCUGCUGGAAACCCCUUACAGGCAGCAGCGCCCUGCCCUGCUGGAGACCCCUUACAGGCUCCAAAAUUAUCCAAGGCCAAGUCAUGUAAAUCGACAUCAGGCUGCCAAUGGACAAUACCAGCCCCCCUAUGGACAGAAUCACGCCUCACACAGACAGUGGCAGGCCCCGAAUCAACCAUAUCGGGCUGCUAAUGGACGAUACCAAGCCACCCAUGGACAACCACCACAGCCGCAGGCCCAGAAUCAACCAUAUCAGGCCCAGAAUCAACAGUGGCAGACCACUAAUGGACAGCAAAGGCCCACCAAUGCUCAACAGCAGGCCUGUAAUGUUCCGCAGCAGGCCCCCAACCUACAGACCCCCACUGAUCAGCAGGCCUCUUAUGGCCAACAGCAGGCCCCCAAUGUACAGGCCUCCACUGAUCAGCAGGCCUCCCAUGGCCAACAGCAGGCCCCCACUGAUCAGCAGGCCUCCCACGGCCAACAGCAGGCCCCCACUGAUCAGCAGGCCUCCCACGGCCAACAGCAGGCCCCCACUGAUCAGCAGGCCCACCACGGCCAACAGCAGGCCCGCACUGAUCAGCAGGCUUCCCAUGGCCAACAGGAGUCCCCCACUGAUCAGCAGGCCUCCCACGGCCAACAGCAGGCCCGCACUGAUCAGCAGGCUUCCCAUGGCCAACAGGAGGCUCGCACUGAUCAGCAGGCUUCACAUGGCCAACAGGAGGCCCGCACUAAUCAGCAGGCUUCCCAUGGCCAACAGCAGGCCCCCACUGAUCAGCAGGCCUACCACGGCCAACAGCAGGCCCUCCCUGAUCAUUGGCAGGCUCCUGAUGGUGAAAUGUAUUUCAAUAUACCACUAUGGCUGAAGGAGAACAAAGACCUACAGCGUCGUCUGAAGAACACGGAAGAGCUUCUUGAAGUGGAGAGGGAAAUCUCAGCAUGUUUAGAAGAAGAGGUGGAAAAAAUGACACCUUUCCUUAAUGCAGCUCAGGAGAUAUCAAUUUAUGAGCACAAGACCAAGGAAGAGCUCCUGGUGCUUGUUGCAGCUUUGAGCAGCCAGCUGAAAAGUGAAACCCGUCACAAAGAAGUCCUGGAAAAAGAGUUAGAGGGCGCCAAGCAUCAGCUCGCGCGACCCAUUUUUCAGAGACUGACUGAAGAAAAAGAGGCUCCUCAACAGGAGAUCCAGAUCCUUAAGAAGGAGGCAGAGAGCAGUGAGAAAGGUACAGAGAAGCUGGAGAGGUUAGAGUUACAGCUGGAGAAGACCAACAGCAUCCCCCAGCUUAACUCCCAACUGAUCAUUCAGGUAAAGGCUAAUGAGACACUACAGAGGGAAGUGGAUGGAUUCAAGCAAGAAGAGCUCUAUGAGUGUAUGACAAAGGAAAAGGACAGUAAGGGAGACACUCCUGUGGAUGUCACACCACCUGAAGACAACCCAAACGCACCAGAGGAGAUCCAGGAGUCCACUGAGGAGAUCCAAGGAGCCCCUGUGGACUUUCAGGAGGCCACUGAGGAGAUCGAAGAAAACUCUGAGGAUAGUCUGCCGCUCUAUGAAGAGAUCCAGAUAAUGCUUAGAGCGUACCAUGAGGAGCAGAUCAGGAUCAAACGUGAGAUGGAGAGUGUCUCAGCAUGGCGCAGGUUUAAGAAGUUGAUGACUCCUAGGCACAGGCGCCUGUACAAACACCAGCAACAGGGGCAGAAUCAGGUGUGA